AUGGCGUCCAACGAGUCGCUCUUCAGCAUCCAGGGCGCCAGCAACCUGUACCCUGGCAGCAAGUCGCACUUCGACUUCUACUACUACGAGGCCAUGGCGGAGGCGGCGGACUCCAAGCUACCGUCCCAAUACUGGUGGAGACGUCACCGAGGAAGAAGGACGUCGUCAACAGCGCGCUAUACCAGCCGCUGGAGAAGGAGCGCGAGCAGCAGCCGUCGCCACAGCUCGAGCCCGCGUGUCGGCCUUCAUGGAGAUGACGACGGAGGAGGAGCAGCGGAGGAGCGACACCGGGUGCUGUUGCUGGUUCGAUUGCUCUUGGUGCUGUCGGUGCCCGUGGUGGCGAUGCGGCUGCUGCUGCAGCUGCUCCUGCCCCAGCUUCUGCCGGUGCAGCUGGUGCCUCUGCUCAUGAGAGAAAUUGGCAUUUGGAUCUGA